UGUAACUAGUUGUAAUUUUUGUUGUAUAUACCGUGUUCCACCGUGUUCCAUCAUCUCCAAACAUGCAUUAUGCAUUGCUUUAACAAAAUCAAUUAUUUACAUGUAAAAAAAUGUCUAUAGUUUAGGAAAACAUAAAUAAAUAUAUGUACACAAAUUGAAACUAAUAUGUUCGAUAGUUCUCUAGUAAAAAGAUUUCAAAUAUCAUUCAAUAUUAUGAGCUUUAAACUAAUUACACUUCUAACAAUCAAAUCAAACGGCUGCUAACAGUACCUCUACAACUACUAUGUAACAAUAGUGCUACUUAUAAACACUUAUAAAUAUCGCUUGUUAUCUCUUUUUCUCUUUAAGAACAGACGAAAAUAAACGACGUUCGCAGUAUUAGAUAUGAGUUUCUUUUUUGACUUCAUAAGAAAUGUGUUCCUCAACAUGCUUCAGUUAAUUUGGUUCAGCAAACGGAGAGUAACAAAUUCGUUGAGUGUAUUUAUCAAAACGAACACGGGAAAUACACUUUCUGUAGAUCUAGAUCCGAAAUGGGAUAUAAAAAACAUAAAAGAGGUAGUGGCCUCUCAAAUGGGUACAUCUCCUGAUGAUAUAAAAAUUAUACUUGCUGGAAAAGAAUUGCACAACUCGACAAUAAUAGAGGAAUGCGAUUUAGGCCAACGGAGUAUAUUACAUGCAGUUCAAAUUCCAUCCAAAAAACUUAAUAGAAGUAAAGAUACAAGCACCAUCGAAGAAUUUUCAGAGUCAUCAGAAUUAAAUGACAGCGGUGGUAAACCGAUGAAUGAAACUCUUACCGAUUUACCUUUUGAUGAAUCUGAUUUGCAAGAACAUUCAACCACGAGAGAACAGCAAGGAAAUCGAGCACAUUUUUUUGUGUUUUGUUCUACGCCGUGCAAAGCAGUUACAACAGGAAAAUUAAGAGUGAAAUGUGCAACUUGUAAUAGCGGAGCAGUUACAGUAGAUAGAGAUCCUCAAUGUUGGCCAGAUGUAUUAAUGCCAAAGAGAAUAACGGUUCAUUGUGAAAAUGAUUUGUGUCCAGCACCUAUAUUAUUUUCUGAAAAUGAUACAGAAUCUCAAGUUUUAUACGCUCGCUUCUAUUUUAAGUGUUCAAAACAUAUUAGCCUAGGAGAAGGAGAUGAAGCAGUUCCGCUUUAUCUUGUAAAACCAAAUUUAAGGAAGAUACCUUGUCUCGCAUGCACAGAUGUCAGAGAUAUAGUUUUUGUGUUUCCAUGCGAGGCUGGUCAUGUUACUUGUCUCGAUUGCUUUAAAGAUUACUGUUCGGUACGUUUAAGAGAACGUCAAUUUCAAUUUGACGAUACCAAAGGAUAUUAUACUCUUGGAUGUCCAGCAGGAUGCCCAGAUUCUUUUAUUCCCGAAGUUCAUCAUUUUCAUCUUCUUACUCCGGAACAGUACGAACAGUACCAAAGAUUUGGUACGGAAGAAUAUGUUUUACGUGCUGGUGGCCUCUUGUGUCCAAGACCGGAUUGCGGCAUGGGUAUUAUACCAGCAUCUGUAGAUGAUGGUAGCAAUAACGAUGAGUGCAGAAGGAUUCAAUGUAUUGGUGGUUGUGGAUACGUCUUCUGUAGGAGAUGUUUACAAGGAUUCCAUGUAGGAGAAUGCGAAGUGCCAUCACCCGAAUCUCCAAAUUCGAUAUUAAAAUCUGAUGGAUAUUUGGUGGAUCCGCUUAAAGCUAAAGAUGCGAAAUGGGAUGAAGCUACCAAGAAAACUAUACAAAUAUCAACAAAACCGUGCCCAAAAUGCAGGACACCAACUGAAAGAGAUGGUGGAUGCAUGCACAUGGUUUGCACAAGAGCAGGCUGUGAUUAUCAUUGGUGCUGGGUAUGUCAAACUCAAUGGACAAGAGAAUGUAUGGGUAAUCAUUGGUUUGGUUAACGCGUAGUGGUUAACCAGUAUUCAAAACUAUCGUGUAUCAUUGUAAUAUUAUUUUGUACAAAUGUAAAAAAGAAAUUUCGAAUAGCAUUUUUAUUAGAAAAUAAAUUCCAGUCAUAUGUACGUUACGUAUAGAAGGAAUAUUUUCAGGAUUUAAAUGUCUCUUGAAAUAAUAUGUAGACAGCAUUACUGUGUUUUUCUUUUGAUUGGAUUAUUCUCUAACUAUACAAAUAAUUAAUUUAUCAAAAUUGUUUUUGUUCUCCAAAAUGUUGACGACGACAAAUUAACCACUGUAUACAUAAUAGUUAUAUGUAGACCUAUGUCUGCAUAUAAAUUUUGGUAAAUUAUUUUGAGG